UUUGCCCGUAGAGAUGUGUACAGGAGGAGAAGGGAACGGAUUGCUAACCGAGCUAGCAGGAGCCUCCCGAUUAAAGCAAUACUGCUGAAUGUGGUCAUGUUGCACACGGUAGGGCUCGCGCCGUGAAGAACGCUCGCGUUGGAAUAUCUGCCUCGCUGCUAGAAGCGCAAAGGGACUCGUCUUCUUGGCGGAAUAACAAAGCCGGUACGUGUGGAUUGCAAAUCUAAGUCAACGUUAGCUGGCCUAGCCGGACUCGGGAGCUCGUCUCCCAAAACAAGAAUGGGGUCUAGGUCCACUCGGAUUAGUUCGCUAGUGAAGUGACCUUUGAUUGUGCUCUCUGAUGGCGAAUUUCGCAAAUUACCAGGAAGGAAAGGCAGCGAUGUUGAUGGUGGAGAGUCAGCAGAGGGACACGGGCACGAAAACGGCGACCACCGCCGCUAACGGAGACGGCUCCGCCGGGGAACCCCCUUCCCCGUUAAUUAAUAUCGGCGGCGGCGGAGGAGGUGCCGCUCGUUUCCUUCAACAAUUACCGCCCUCCAGCCACCUCCACCACCACCAACAACCGCCGAGUGAUCAACAGCAGCCCGCUCACCAUCAGCUGGCGCCGCAGCAGCAUGUUGCCGGGGAGAGCGUCGCCGAGUCCCCGGGCAGGAAAGCCGCCUCCUCCUCCUCCUCCUCGGCGUCGACCCUCAGCCAGGUACACGCCGCCGCGGACCCCGCCGCCUCCUCCUCCUCAGCCGCCGGCGGCGGCGGCGUGUACGCGAGCGUGAACGCCGCCGGGACCUCGGACGUCGUGGACGAUAUCCGCAAAUGCGGCUACCUGAGGAAGCAGAAGCACGGGCACAAGCGCUUCUUCGUGCUGCGCGCGGCCAGCCACCUCGGGCCGAGCCGCCUGGAGUACUACGACAGCGAGAAGAAAUUCAGGAGCAGCCUGCGCUCCGCGGUCGCGGCCGCCGCCAGCGGGGGAGCGGUCGCCCCUUCGCCCCCGAAAAGGGUGAUUUACCUGUACCAGUGCUUCACGGUGAACAAAAGGGCGGAUUCCAAAAACAAACACCUCAUCGCCCUUUACACGAAGGACGAGUACUUCGCUAUUGUGGCCGAAAACGAGCAGGAGCAGGAGGACUGGUACGUAGCCGUGAGUGAGUUGAUGAGUGAGGGCAAAAAGGGACACGUGGAUUCUGAUGACUUGGAUGAUGGCUAUGGGACGGUCACCCCCGGUACUGUGUUCAAAGAGGUGUGGCAGGUGAAUGUGAAGCCCAAAGGACUGGGUCAGACUAAAAACCUCACGGGUGUUUACCGGCUUUGCCUCUCAACUAAAACCAUUCACCUGGUGAAGUUGAACUCUGAAACGCCCUGCGUUAACCUGCAGCUGAUGAACAUCCGGCGUUGUGGACAUUCAGAGAGCUUCUUUUUCAUCGAGGUGGGCCGCUCCUCCUCCAUUGGGCCCGGCGAGAUAUGGAUGCAGGUGGACGACUCCGUUGUGGCCCAGAACAUGCACGAGACCAUCUUGGAGACGAUGAAAGCGCUGAAGGCCUUCGCAGAGUUCCGGCCCCGGAGCAAAAGCCAGUCGUCGGGCUCCAACCCCAUGCCUUUUAUCACCACGCGGCGCCACCUGGGCAACCUGCCGCCCAGCCAGACGGGCCUGCAGCGCCGGUCGAGGACGGAGUCCGUCGUGGGCACGCCGCCGUCCACCAAAAGCUCCAGGGCCAGUGGGUAUCGCUUCCGCACGUCCAGCGAAGGCGAGGGCACCAUGAACCGGCCGUUCCGCUCCGCCACAGGAAGCCUGGUGCACCUGAACUCGGCGCGCGUCCAGCACGGCCGCCAGGAGGCGGGCGGCGGCGGCGCGGGCGGCGUCGCCACCGGCAACGCCGGCACCAGCACCGGAGGGGGGCGCUACGUGCGAGCCAUCCCCGGGGCGUCGUCCACGUACCACGCCCGCUCCGCCUCGCUGCCCGUCUCCCACUUCCCCUCCACCACCAGCCCCGUGAGCGUGUCCUCCAGCAGCGGCCACGGCUCGGUUUCCGACACGCUCACGCGCCCGUCGAGCGCCUCCAUAUGCGGCUCGCCGUCCGAUGGGGGCUUCAACUCCUCGGAUGAAUACGGCUCCAGCCCUGGCGAUUUCCGCUACUUUCGUGUGCGGAGCAACACGCCGGACUCGCUGGGCAACACCCCACCGAUCCGAGAAGAGAACUGUUUGAACGACUACAUGGCCAUGGGCUGGAACCGGGAGGUGUUCGGCGCCUCCGGGGCGUGUGGAAACAACAGUGGAGGCGACCCGCCACGAGACGAGAGCACAUCAACAACAGAGGACGAGCGCUUCUCGUCAUCGUCGCUGAGGAGGAGGACGCACUCGUUCUCUAGACCCACCGCCGGUGCAACCGGUGGCUCGGGGGUGGCAGUCUACCAGAAAAUGACCCAGACCAACUUCUCAUUGGAUGAAUGCUCGGACGCGGUGUUGCCAUUCGGCAGCGGGCUGCUCCGCGGCGGCCCUUCCUCCUCUUCUUCCUCUCUCCGCUCCGACUACAGCUCCUGCUCUGAGCACAGCCAGCAAAGCCGUCCCGCCACGCUGUCCCGGACGGAGGCCGGAAGCGAACGCCCUCCCCUCUCGUCGUCAGCCAAGGAAGACAGCGGCUACAUGCCCAUGAUGUGUGGCGUGGCCGCCUCGCCUCGGGACACCCCCCCUGACUACAUGCCUAUGCAACCCACCUCCUACUCCCAACACGUCUCCAACUCUCCCCAGUUUCAUAGUCCAUCUUUAGCACGUUCAGCCCACCACUACCCCCAAGUCCAGUCCCAGUCCUCCACAGACUCCCAUGGCUACAUGAUGAUGCUCCCAGGGGGCAGCUCCCCCUCCCCAGUACAGGCAUCCCCUAGCCCUCACAGUAGCUCUAGCAUAAUUGGCGCGAAUGGGAGUGACAGCAUAGCAGAGAGACCUGAGAAUGGAGAAUAUAUGGACAUGUCAUACAGCAGCAGUGGGGCCCAUAAGCUUGUAAAUGAAGGCAGCAGUGGGUACUACACGCCUGGCACACCUGAGGGCACCCCAAAGUCUUACAGUCCUUAUUUCUCCCUUCCCCGCUCCUACAAAGCUCCCACAAGAGAGAAAGAUGAGAAUGAGUACGGGGAGUAUGUUCCUAUGAGUUCUCCUGCCAAGCCAGUCUAUUCAUCAGUUGCCUCCGCUUCGACAUCCACGCCAGAGAGGAGGGGUGGAGGAGGAAGUAGCACCUCCACUCCCUCACACCCACCGCCGCCUUAUGGAGCUCACCACACAACCGCAGCAAUGGCUGACCGGCGCAUUGUGAGACCCAACCGGCUUCCUUUAGGAAGGAGAAGUUUCCACGGUCGGAUUAGUGAGCCCUCAAUAGCAUCAGCAGGCACUGCGACCUCAGUUCCUGCCAGCUCAUCUGAUAGACCUUCCAGUCCUGGAGAGUAUAUCAAUAUUGAGUUUGGGGAUCACUACCCUGACCAACAACAGUCUUCUGCUUUUGCUCUCUCUACCCAAGACGAAGCACCUUCCCUGGAAUCCAGUGACCCCCGUUGCUCUCCUCCCCAGCCCCAGAUCCACCAGGACUAUAUGAGUGUGGAGGUGGGGGCAGACCAGCAGGACAGCGCUGAAUGUCUGAGUAAAAACCAGUCACCCAGGCCGAGCCUUGUUGCUCCGUGGAACCCUCCCAGUUAUAUCAGACCCCUUGCUAGUAGCUCUGCAGCAUCCCCUGGAGUUCCUGCAGGAGGUCACUGGAGGUCAAUGGGGGACGACUACACGGACAUGACGUUUAACCUCAGCAGAGGCGAGAGGAUACAAACGGGCCCCACGGCCAUGCUGCAGCAUCUCUGUGUGAUUGAGGGACGCUAUGGCCACACACCUUCUGCCUCCUCCUCCUCCAUUUCCCCUCCGCUGCCCGCAACGAGCCCGGGUAGGACGCAGACACAUCAGCUAGAGCCUAAGGUGGUUCGAGCCGACCCCCAGGGCAGGAGGAGACACAGCUCAGAGACAUUUUCCUCCACCUCCUCCUCUAAUUCAACUCCCUCUGGCGGAGGCCCUUCGUCUUCGAGCACCCACCCCACACUGGCAAACCCCACAGCCCCCAAUGGAUCUUACCUAACGGAGGGCCAAGCUUCCAGGUGGGCCAGCUCAGCGUCUUUUGACAGCGUGUGGACGUCUGUGGAGGGUCUGGGCGACCUGUCAUCUCACCAUGCUCCAGCAAGAGCCACGGAGACGAGCCCCUCGACGACCUCCUCCUCCGGAGCUGCUAGGAUGUGCAGAAACAUGUCCGUGGGCUACCAGAACGGCCUGAACUACAUCGCCUUGGAGCUGAGGGAGGACGGGAGCAACACGGGAUCCACGACACCGGGAGCUGGCGGCAGCAGCGGAAGCUCGGUGGCAGCGAUGGGCGCAGCGCCUUUGCCAGAGAACGGAGCCUAUGCCAGUAUUGACUUCACCAAGUCCGAUGGAGUCACCGCAACAACCAAGGACUGAGCAACGCGCUGGCAGAGAUUCCCAUCCGCCUCAUCACUCUGCCUGUGACCUUUGACCUCCCUCCCACCGGAUGACCUCUGACCUUCCUCCCAGACUGAGAAGCUGCUCCCUUCUGGAUGCAGGAAACAACAUCAUCCACAACAGAUGACAAAACACUUUUUUUGUUUGUUUUAUGUGUAUUUCAUCUUUUAUUUUUCUUGUGUUUUAUACGCAUAGCUUGUCCUGUUGUUAUUAUUUUUUUUUAAACAUUUCCCCCUUUCUCACAAUCAAUGCUCCCUGUCGCGCUGCUUCUUCCCUGUUUAUCAAUGAACUUUUUCACCAGACAGUGGUCAGUGAACUUGACUCAAGGGGCAUCAACAGAACUAAAGAUCAUUAUUAUUGGAUGAUUCUGCUUCUCCAUAGAUUAUUAAAAGGGAGAAUGGAGUACUAAGCAAAGGCAUUAUGGUACAGUCUUCUACGAUAAACUUAAUAUUAAUUUUUAUGUUCUAUGAUUAAUUUUUUACUCCAUGAAUAAUCCAUCCUCAAUACAGUAUCGUACAGUUAUUACAGUUAUUAUUGUGGACAAAAUGUGGUACAACAUUAUUGUUUUUUGUUUUUUUAAAGAGCUCAUGGCUGGAUCCAUUUUAGCUUCGGAAACAACAGGUACCUUGCUUGUUCUCAUUCUUUCCACAUCAGGUAUGGCACAUUACCAGUUGCCUCUGGAUUAUCAUGUCCCAUGGCUUCAGCGGGGCACAGGGCUACGGUACUGAGUCGCUAUGGGUUUAUCACAGUGAUGCAACACGUAAACCUUAAGGCAUUACUCCUAUUCUGUAGCACAUAUUAUUUAUUUGCAAUAGGUACAUUUAUUCCGAUAACAUUUCUUUGUUUUCAUGAUGGUACUCAGCAGGACAGGAAAAUCCUAACCAAUCAAAUGCUGGAAGGGCUCUGGAUGCAGCUUUGCCAAGAAAAUCCAACUUUAUAGGAAUAGUUCAAUAUUUGCGGAGGCUCAUUUACUGUAUUGCCAUGGUUGAAAUGGAUUAACACCACUCUCGCAAAGUGAAGUAGCCAGUAGCAACUAGCUGGAAGCUGUUGACGUGUAAAACUAGUCAUUUGUGAUUUUGCUGGUACUUCUGAAGAGGACUAGUUCUUGAAUCUGUCAGCUAUUCCUCUAUAAAAGAGAUUUAGACUGUAUUAUUGUACAGCAACGAUGACGGUGAUGCUAACCAGCUGCUAGCUUGAGCUACGUGUUGGACAAAUGUGAGAUGGUGUUUUUCCUUACACUGCAAAACUGAAUAAGCAUUUUUGCCAAAAUAGCCCUCGACAUUAAUUGAAGCAUCCUGAGACUCGGGAGAUCUAGGGUUUUUGAUUGUGGCCGGUUUUUCCUGCCCUGGUGCAGCUGCUCAGCAAUUUUUUUCAGUGUUUUGCACACAAAACUGUUGAGUAAAGCGAAGCAGGUGUUGUGGUUUGUUUGACUUUUAAUUUUACCUCAUGUGGUCCGUAGCACAGUUCAGGUCAGCGAGGGACAGCGGAGCCUACACAAGCGCAGACAUAUGCACUCACACAAUGCUGUGAAAGGUAAACGCUCAAAGUACAGACGAUAUAGCGAGAUGCAAACACACGCCUAAUGCACACACGUCGCAUCUGCAAGCGAAUCGUAUACUGUACUUUGGAGGCUGUGGCACGAAUGCGCGCUCUCCUAACGGAGUCAAGCAGCCCAGUUUAUCCGACGGUACCUCCUCUUGACCUCAUUUUGGGUCUUUGUUAGUGACGUCUGGGCUUUUUCAGACACACACAUAUGCAUGCUGAGUUGUCCGUCAUGGGCUCUGGGUGACGUAAAGAGGUUUCCAGUAACCUGAGCUCCAGCCCCAGGUGCAGCGUGCUGGGCAUACUUGCCCUGUUACAGUCUCACGCACACAUACAUCAAUCACAUUCUUCACUGGAGCUUGCUGCCUCUUCUUCAUCACAUGUAACAUUCUCAUAUUUAGCAUUUGUACCUCCUAUUAUCCACACAACUGGUUUCACACAGAGGAAUGUGCUGGACCGCUAAUAUAGCCCCAUGAACUUUAUUCAGUAUUCUCUCGUCUAAUGCUGUCUUGACCCUGCCUGAAAACAUGAAGGGAGAACUGGUGCAAAAGUGUCUCCCGGUAAUCAUGAAUGUUUCUGGAGAGCUGUUCAGAUCUUCAGCUUACUGCAGAGAUUCCCCCGGAAGUAAAGUUUUUUUUUUUUUUUUUUAUACAAUUAAAAAUUUUCGCAUUGAAAUGUUGUUACAGAGGUUGUUUGUUUGACAUCUAGAGGCCCAUUUUCAGAAAUUCAAGCUUUUUUUUUGUUUUUUUUGUUUUUUUUUUAUGGCUGCUGUACUUCUGAAAGGAAAAAACUUCUGCGAACCACACCCCAAAGCUGCAAAAUAAUAGUAAAACUCAGCUGAAAAUGGAUAUUGGUUUGUAUUUUUGCCUGAUAAAUGAUGUAAACAGUAGACACCUGUCAAUAGAUUGAUCAACGUGUUGUUAGAGCUUUGUUGUUUUCCUUCGUGGGAAUUAUCAGAUAGGUGUAGUCCAGGUCGUCAGGGCAAGUAUGUUACAGGGUGUCAAAGGUUUCUUUAGUUCACUGAUUAAGAUUAGUUGUUAACCAACUUUGUUCAGUUUUAAUCACUGAAAUAAAACUGAAACUCUCCAGCAGAUUGUCAAAACCCUGCGCUGCCAUGUUGCCCACUGGAGAUGCACAUCCUCCUUGUUUUCAACUAUAAACAUAAAAUCCACAAAACGCUGUUAAAACAUUUUAAGCCUGUGAUGUGUCUUGUAUGUACAAUUAAGAACAAUCUGAGAUAUUUUCAUCCCCUUUUCCUAUUGAACAAACAAAGAAUCAAGUAUACAGCUACAGCAAUCCAAACUUAAACAGAAAAUAAUGCUGUUUGGAAAAUGUUUUUUGUACUGUGCUACAGCAAAACGCUUUGUUAGUUUUAACCGCUAUUGCAGAAAUAUCAGAACGUAGACUUUGGGGGACUUUUGGAAGAAUCCCUCAAUUUAUUCAAAAACACAUGUCAUGACGUCUGUUUGCCUUCAUGUUUAACCCCCCGUUAAAUUCUGCAUCACAUUUGAAUUACUUUUACACAGAAUCUGUUUAUUUUGGCAACUAUCAAACCUCAAUGUUACAGAAUCUGAAACUCAAAUGUAAAAGGGCGGAGAAUUGAGAGAGAAAUUAGACCUACGUAAUAUAUUCACAUAAAUAUAUAAUCCUUGCAGAGAAGACUUAGGGUACUGCAUCAUUAUGCAAACUUGUUUCCUUUUUCCUCUAAUGUUUCAAUUUCUUUUGUAUUCUAGUUUACAGUGGGGAAAUAAUCAUCUUAUUUUUGGUUGUUUCGUUGUACCUGGGCAACCUUGUUUCGCUGAAAACAAAGUGAUACAGUGGUAUUUUUUUUAAGAGUACAUAGGCAUUUUGCAGUUAUUUGUAUAAAGAAAUGGGUAACGACCUCUGCCUAAUGUUUAUUUUUUUGUAUCUAUAUUACAGUUUAUUUGCUGCUGUGUAGUACAGUUAACAGUUGGAAAUGCUGUUGAUGGCAACCAUGAAGAUGAUGUUCAUUGCCCUGCUAUCAGGCACAGGUUCGAUAUUUCUUCUUCUAUUUGAGGACUCUGAGGAUUUAGGAGGGGAAAAAGCAAACCCCACUUUUCCCUGCUUACCUGUGUUCUUAUUUUCCGAGUUGAAUGCUGAUGUUUAUUAGCUUUACAAGAAAGAGAGUUAAAAAAAUACUGUGGAGGUGUGAUCCUUCGUAUGUGCAUUAUUUUCCAGCGACAUUAUGUCCUAUUUACGAGAAAAAAGACAAAAAAAUGGAAGUGGUGGAAAUGAACCUACUGUAAAUAAGGAAAAUUCAAUUUGUCGCUUUUUUCAUGUUAUGAUUGGCUCCUCGCGAGAUGCCCCCUCCUUUUGUUUUUGUUUUUUUCCUUCUCUUUUUUGGUUCUCUUUUUUUUCCUCACGGAGGAAAAAGGGGGGCAGGAGGGGUACUCAGAGGCGAUUUGAGCAUCGGCAUAGUGUUUAUAUUUAUCAAAACUUUUUUGCUUUCGAUAGAGCUAUUGCAAUAAAAAUGUGUUCAUGUAA